AUGGGCUGCUGCGGCUCUGUACUGUCGCGUAAUGACGACGAACCUCCAUCACAUUCAACCCAGGAUCGCAACCGCGCAAACACCUCAAGGCGGCGGCCCCCGAAUCUUCCUCUAAACGAGCAUUAUAAUCAACCGAUACGCGCUCAUGUUUGGCACAGUAAGCGGCGGACCUGGACACGCGCGCAACUAGAUCGCGAACGAGAUGAGUUCUUCGACACCCGCGUGACGGGUCGGGCGGAGAUCUGGGCUGCGGUCUCUACGGCCAUCUCACUGAUGCGCGCGGGCGAUUUGACUACUGCGCAGGGAAUUAUUGAUGCUGCCGGUAUUACCGUCCCCACGGGUAAUCUCUGCGAAGGGUGCUACGAUGAGCAGGGUGUGCUUUACCGGCUGCCGCAGUGCAUCGUCAGUGACCCGGAGAAUCUGGUUUCUGGCGAAGACGAGGGUCAUGCCGAUGAAGAUGAUCAAGAGCUUUCUGACGGCAAGCUUGCUACGGACGAUGCCUCCGGGGACGAAUUAAUAUCCCAGGAUGCAGAGCGCCGGCGGGAUGAGAAGGGGAAAACCAGCGAGCGUAAUCUGGUUCGCGUCCUUGCUCGCUUGAGUGAGGGUGGUCCGGAUGUCCCAAUCGCCAUUGGCAAAAGCCAGACUGUGGGCUUCCUGGCCCGGAAAGUACAUCAAGAAGCUAAGGUUUGUUUCCAUUGA